ACCUAGACAGCUGCUCAUAAUUGAGUUUCCGUCUGAUAAAGUCAGUUAGUGUAUUCGGUGUAUUUACAAACUGACAUCAAAUUAUGUGAGCUGCUUUCUGAAGAUCACGUUUUGGAUUUCUACGCUAUUUGUACAUAUAGACUAAACGUACAUUUGUGAAAAAAUAGCGGUUUCCCCCCAGUGUUUUUAAUGUUUUUACUCGACAUUUACUUCGAAUAGCCUACUUUUGGAGAAUCUGUUGAGUUCUCCUCGCGCCGAUAUUUUGAGGAUAGUCCAACCGUCUUUAGAGUCAAUGUUGCCAAUUUGCAACAGACAAAUCAACAAUCACAAGCCUGAGUAAGAUGGCCUAGGGCGGCGGCGGCAACAGUAACCGAGCACAAGGAAGGCAGAGGGAACCAUGUCUCAGCUGUACUACCGGCGGACCGACAGCUCCACGUACCGCGACCGCAUCCCUCUGAGGAUCGUACGGUCCGAGUCGGAGCUGUCUCCUCUGGAGAAGACCUACCUGGGAGCGGUGGAGAAGGGGGACUACAGCAGUGUCAAGCAGGCCCUGGAGGAGGCGGAGAUCUACUUCAAGAUCAACAUCAACUGCAUCGACCCCCUGGGGCGCACGGCCCUGCUGAUUGCCAUCGAGAACGAGAACCUGGAGAUCAUAGAGCUGCUGCUGGGCUUCAACGUGUACGUGGGCGACGCCCUGCUGCACGCCAUCCGCAAGGAGGUGGUGGGAGCCGUGGAGCUGCUGCUCAACCACAAGAAGCCCAGCGGCGGGAUGCAGGUUCCUCCCAUCCUAUUGGACAAGCAGUUCUCCGACUUCACCCCGGACAUCACGCCCAUCAUCCUGGCGGCCCACACCAACAACUACGAGAUCAUCAAGCUGCUGGUGCAGAAGGGCGUGUCCGUGCCACAGCCUCACGAGGUGAGGUGUAACUGCGUGGAAUGUGUGUCCAACUCGGACGUGGACAGUCUCCGCCACUCCCGCUCUCGCCUCAACAUCUACCGGGCCCUCUCCAGCCCCUCGCUCAUCGCCCUGUCCAGCGAGGACCCCUUCCUCACCGCCUUCCGCCUCAGCUGGGAGCUGGAGGAGCUCAGCAAGGUGGAGAACGAGUUCAAGUCGGAGUACGAGGAGCUGUCCCAGCAGUGCAAGCAGUUUGCCAAGGACCUGCUGGACCAGACGAGGAGCUCCCGGGAGCUGGAGAUGAUCCUCAACUUCCGCGACGACACCAACCUGCUGGAGGACGAGAGCACCAACGAUCUGGCUCGCCUCAAACUGGCCAUCAAGUACCACCAGAAGGAGUUUGUGGCCCAGCCUAACUGUCAGCAGCUGCUGGCGUCCCGCUGGUACGACGAGUUCCCUGGCUGGAGGAGGCGCCACUGGGCGGGCAAGUUCCUCACCUGCGUCUUCAUCGGCCUCCUGUUCCCCGUCUUCUCCCUGUGCUACCUCCUGGUGCCCAAGAGCCGCUCCGGCCUGUUUAUCCGCAAGCCCUUCAUCAAGUUCAUCUGCCACACCGCCUCCUACCUCACCUUCCUCUUCCUCCUCCUCCUCGCCUCCCAGCACAUCGUCACCACGGAACCAGAGAAGCAGGGCCCUGCCCCCACCGCCGUGGAGUGGAUGAUCCUGCCCUGGGUGCUGGGUUUCAUCUGGACUGAGAUCAAACAGAUGUGGGACGGAGGGUUUCAGGACUACAUCCACGACUGGUGGAACCUCAUGGACUUUGUCAUGAACUCCCUUUACCUGGCAACCAUCUCCCUCAAGAUCAUCGCUUACACCAAGUACCACGACUCAAAGCCCCGGUGCCGUUGGGAGAUGUGGCACCCCACCCUGGUGGCGGAGGCCGUGUUCGCCAUCGCCAACAUCUUCAGCUCACUGCGGCUCAUCUCCCUGUUCACGGCCAACUCUCACCUGGGGCCCCUUCAGAUCUCCCUGGGACGCAUGCUGCUGGACAUCCUCAAGUUCCUCUUCAUCUACUGCCUGGUUCUGCUGGCCUUUGCCAACGGUCUGAACCAGCUGUACUUCUACUACGAAACCGACGCCAAAGACGAACCCAAACACUGCAAAGGCAUACGCUGCGAGAAGCAGAACAACGCCUUCUCUACGUACGUGUCACCGUGGAGAUCGGCUGCGACGGCGACAGCCUGA